CAGGGCUGUGCUUACUUCUGUGGCAAUAUGGCUGCGGCCAGUUUCGGCGUUCUUUGCAGAAAAGUCUUAACCGGCCUGAAGGUUUCCAGGUCACUUUUAAGUCCUCAGGCCCUAGCUAGCACAGGUUGCAGGUUUUCUCUUAGUCUUUUGCCUAAGAACAUACCAAAUGUCACAUCUUUUCACCAGUGUAGAUUACUUCAUACCACAUUGUCAACAAAAGGACUGGAAGAAUUUUUUGAUGACCCAAAGAAUUGGGGCCAAGAAAAAGUGAAAUCUGGAGCUUCAUGGACCUGUCAGCAAUUAAGGAAUAAAAGUAAUGAAGAUUUACAUAAACUUUGGUAUGUCCUACUGAAAGAAAGAAACAUGCUCCUAACUCUAGAGCAGGAGGCCAAGCGGCAGAGUUUGCCAAUGCCAAGUCCGGAGCGGUUAGAAAAGGUAAUAGAUUCCAUGGAUGCAUUAGAUAAAGUUGUCCAGGAAAGAGAAGAUGCCCUAAGACUUCUUCAGACUGGUCAAGAAAAAGCUAGACCUGGUGCUUGGAGAAGAGACAUCUUUGGAAGAAUCAUCUGGCACAAAUUCAAGCAGUGGCCUAUACCUUGGUACCUAAAUAAAAGAUACAAUAGGAAACGAUUCUUUGCAAUGCCCUAUGUGGAACGUUUUGUCAGAUUGAGACUUGAGAAACGAGCCCGCAUUGAAGCAAGAAAGAAAAGUUUAGAGAAAAAGAAAGAAAAAUUUCUUCAGAAAAAGUUUCCACAUCUUUCUGAAGCCCAGAAGUCAAGUCUUAUCUAAAAUGUCUGAAUUCUUGGGGCGCCUGGGUGGCUCAGUCGUUAAGCGUCUGCCUUCGGCUCAGGUCAUGAUCCCAGGG